GACAAACAGCUCAUUGAGGGCUGCUUCUUCUUCUUUAAAGUGUUAUGUCAAACUACACCUAUUGGUGUAUUGCCGCCACCUACUGUUUUGGCUGUAUAUCAGCCCAAAUAAUUAACCAAAAAAACUGAACAAAAUAAACAAAACACAAUGUACACCUUUAUUCAGAUUCAACUGCCAAAGCCCAACCCUAUAGGCUCUGGGGCCUGGGAAGGAAGAGCAUAGUUGGACAGUAUUUUUUGCAAUGUUUCGGCAGUGAAAUCCUGGAACCCCAAAACCUUUCAGCCGCAGUUUCUUGGACUUUUUCAUUUAUGCAGUGCAAUUAAUCAAAUGCCCGAUAAACACCAUACCUGCUAAAAGCUGCUCAACCUUCUUCACAAUUAGCAUAUCAGUUUCCCUCAACUGUUGAACAGCACUGAAUCUCCACAGUCUGCGGAGUAUCCACCGCUAUAUCUUCAGCUCCCUUCGCUCCUUCAACUAUUUCACGUGCUUCCGUGUAGGAGACCUGCUGAAUAGCCCUGACCCUUGCCACUUCAUACUCCUUUACCCUAACCAGGCACUCCGGGGAAUUUGGAAGAUGGUUGCCAUCACAAUAACAUUGUACACUCUCAGAUUCUUCAACAACAUUCCUUCGACACACACUUGAUACAUGUCCAUACCUUUCGCAAUUCCGGCAAAACACCAGCUUGGACACAAGCUCUCACCGUAUAUCUAACAUAUACCAUCUUCACAUUUGAAGGGAGAUACUCUUCCUCAAACACUAAUAAUACUGAAAGGCUUUCUUCUUUAAUCCCCAUCCACUGCAUGGUUCAGCCGGUGUGUUCCAACUACUCCUGGUAUGCUCCUCGUAAACCACAAGGCCUCCACAUCCAAUACGACGCCAGAGAUGACAACUUUUAAAGGUACUCUGCUACAAAAAUCAAAACUCUCUACUUCAUAAGUCAAUAGUUUGUCGAUCCUUAAUGCCCUUUCCUUCUCUUCUUUCGACACACAAGAAAUCAAAACAAAACCACUUCUGGUCCCUCUGAUCAACUCCACCUUUCCCAAUGCAUCCCUUACCAUCAUUGAUACUUCAAACGGAUCCCACAAAAAGCAUAAUUGUUAGUGAACCCUACUCCAACCAAAAACCUAUACUCAUGAACAACUUUAGCCCUUUUUUGUUUGUUUCCUUUAUCACGGUCUUUCACUCUUUAGCCAAACUGCAAGUAUCCACUCUCCACCAAUCUCACUCCCACUGGACCAGAAUCAUCCUUUACAUCUUUGGAACGAGGCCCGAACUCAGCAGUCUCCACCACGGAUUUUGGGCAUCAGUAGAGCCAUACUGUGCUGACAUCACAAAUGAAGAAAUCCGGGUUCUGGAAGAACUCCUGAAGCCCCCGGAUGAUGAGGCUGAAUACUACAAGAUUCCGGCAUUGGGGAAACACUACUCUCAGCGAUGGGCUCAGGAGGAUCUGCUGGAGGAACAGCGGGAAGGGGCUCGAGCCAACGACAAGAAGAAAAGCCUCAUGGGACCACUGUCUGAAUUAGAUGCCAAAGAUGUGGAUGCCCUGUUAAAAAAGUCUGAGUCCCAGCACGACCCACCAGAUGAUGGUUGUCCUUUUGGUCCUCUUACACAGCGGCUCCUUCAGGCUCUUGUCGAGGAGAAUAUCAUAUCACCCAUGGAGGAUUCUCCAAUCCCUGACAUAUCCGGGAAGGAUGGAGGGAACGAGGGGGCUGGGACCUCACCUCGCAGCCAGGGCAAAGCUUUUAGUGUUCCUCACACGCGCUCUCUCGAGGCACGGAUUAAGGAGGAGCUGAUGUCUCAGGGGCUGCUGGAUUCUGAGGAGCGACCCGGAGCAGGCGGAGACUCCGAGGAUGAGGUGCUCGCUGAGCUCCACAAGAGACAGGCUGAACUCAAAGCCCUGAGUGCCCACAACAGAUCCCGUAAGCAGGAGUUACUCCGCCUGGCAAAGGAGGAGAUGCGGAAGCAGGAGUUGCGGCAGAGGGUCCGGGUGUCUGAUAAUGAGGUCAUGGAGGGCUUCCGUCGCAUUAUGGCUGCCAGGCAGAAGAAACGCACACCGACAAAGAAGGAGAAGGAUCAGGCAUGGAAAGCACUGAAGGAAAGAGACAGCAUCCUCAAGCUGCUGGAUGGGUAGAGGGGCAAUCAUUUAGGGUGGGUGUGGGGUAGUUUCAUUCUGCCAAUGAGUAUAUACUGUUGUAUAUGUGUGUGUGUGUGUGUGUGUGUCUGGUCAUAUGCUUCCAUGCUCUAGUGGCCAUAAGCAUUUUAUCACGUUUUCUUACUCUAUAUAACUAUCCAAUGGAAGUACAGUGAAUACCUGCAAUGAUGUAGCAUGAUUGUCAUAGUUGUUGAAAAUGGAGGCAUGCAUUUUUUGAUAAUUUGUGUAUUCUUGUAUGAGUAUGUUAACUAAACCUUCGGUGCACUGUAUUCACUGUUUGACCAUCCUCACCAGAGGAGCUUAUGAUGAUUUCAUGUGGUUCUCUGUGUGCAUUACUGGCAUUUGUUUUCUGAGACUAACUAGUAUUGUUUUCCACUGGCAUUUUCCAAGUUCUAUUGUUGAUUUUGUUUACAUUUUAUUUAACGUUUAUAGUGUAUCUCUAGUAUGGAGAAACUAAAACGUAAUGUGUGAAAAAAUAAAUAUCAGGAAAAGGGUUGUGAGGGAAUAUCAA